AUGGGCGUCUUUGGCAAAGGAUUGGCUUUUCUGUGCAGGGAUUUCUCCUGUUGGACAUCCACUCAUGGAAUACCGCAUAUUGGGAUGGCGAACUCGCAAUGGUUGAGAUUCUUCUGGAUCUUUGUUGUCGUCGCUUGCUUUUGCGGUUUUCUCUUUCAACUCGAGACAUUGUUGAGAAAGUAUUUCGCGUAUCAAGUGAACACGGAAACAGCUUUGCAAUUCUCGGAGCGAGUUUUCCCAACUGUCACGAUCUGUCACUUGAAUCCGUGGAAACAAAUGGGAUCCAAGGGAACGCUCGUGGAUAUUUCGGAUUUGAUCACGGCAUAUGGUAAUUCUUACGAUGGAUACUCGGCAAGUAGCAACUACGAAUUCUCGGCUGGGCUCACUGGCGAUCGUCAGCAACGAGCCGUCACCUAUACGACGAUGAUGAGCGAAACGAUUAUCAAUGACCCAGUUGGUGAAGGCCACGCGUACACUUAUGACGAUUUGGUGAUUUCUUGCACGUACAACGCUCAAACAUGCAAUGCAUCCGAUUUUGACACCGUUUUCGAUCCAAACUAUGGAAAUUGUCAGCAAUUUAAUUUUAAUAAUCUGCCGGAACCCCCAAAAACCUCGUCUCGAGCUGGGCCGCUUUACGGUUUACGAAUGGUGUUUAAAACAAAUCAACAGCAAUACCUGCCGUGGACUGAGGCUUCGGGGAUGGUUGUCGUCAUUCAUGGAAUGACUGAACACCCGUUUCCUGAUGUCACUGGAUAUUAUGCACCACCGGGAACCGCUUCAUCUAUGGGAGUCCGUUUUGUGUCCACAACUCGUUUGCCAACUCCUUAUGGAGAUUGUACAACGGAGACCGAAGUCGCGAGCACAUAUUACAAUGGAACUUACGCGACAGAAGCUUGCCUUCGUGCGUGCCUUCAAGAAAACAUUGUCAACAAGUGUGGUUGCUACGAUCCAGCGUACGCUUUUGAAGCUCUACAAGUUGAGAGUUGUUACAAGAAUCCCGUUGACAAUACAACAGCCGCAUUUACAAACAAGGCGAUCGAAUGCAUCAAUGCUUUCACAAAUCCGGGCACCGGUCCAAACGAUUUCAAUUUGAUCACUCAAUGUGAUUGUCCACAACCAUGCAUUGUCGAGUCGUACAGUGUCACCGUGUCAACAGCCGCCUGGCCAUCGAACCAAUACACUCCAUCUGAAUGCAACGAGCCUGAGAAUGCAACCACCCAGCCUUGGGCAGCUGAGAAUAUGGAGUGUGUGGCAUGGUAUGGACAAAAUACGGCUCUCAUUGAGAUCUACUACGAGCGAAUGAACUACCAAGUGUUGACGGAAAGUCCAGCUUAUUCGUUUGUCAAUUUGAUCUCUGAUAUCGGCGGUCAAGUGGGUCUUUUCUUGGGAAUGAGUAUCAUUUCGGUGAUUGAAUUUUUGACUCUUCUUCUUUUGAUUUUCUGUUAUUGCACAACGCAUAAGCAACGAAAAACCGAAAUCGAGAAUAUUGAGAGGGAAAUGGCAAAGCAAAAGGAAAAUACUCGUUUGAUGCAAGAGCAUCGCCGCAAACGAAAAAUGGCCGCAAUUGGAAUGAUUGAUGGAACCCACGAUAAUCCAAUGUACACCCACGACGCCAACGAUCCCGUCGUUCCGCCAGCCGUUCAGGAACCAAAA